AUGAUCUGCCAAACAAAAUCGGUAGCUUUCGAGUCUGAGAAAGAUAUCCCCCCUCUCGAUGGCAAAGUGAUUCUCGUCACAGGGGGCAACGUCGGCCUUGGCAAACAAGCCGUCCUCGAAUACGCCCGCCACAACCCCAGCCUCAUCUGGCUAGGCUCGCGGAGUAUCCAAAAGGGGAACGCAGCGAUCGACGAGAUCAGACAGCAAGUCCCCAAUGCGGUCAUCCAAGUCCUCGAGCUCGAUCUCUCCUCCUUCGCCUCCAUCAAAAAGGCCGCGGCCACUGUCCUCUCAACCUCUCCGCGCCUCGACAUCCUCAUGCUCAACGCUGGCAUUAUGGCCACGCCGCCCGGACUCACAAAAGACGGCUACGAGUCCCAGUUCGGCACCAACCACAUGGGCCACGCCCUGCUGACCAAACUCCUCCUCCCCUUGCUCACAAAAACCGCCACCACCACCGACAGCACCAUCAAACAAUCCUCCCAUCUCGCACCAUCCGCCGUCGCCGACGUGCGCGUCAUCUCGCUCUCCUCCGACGGCCACAACAUGGCGCCCAAAGCGGGCAUCGUGUUUGACAGCCUCAAGACCGACGCCGAAGCGCUCGGCCCCGUGGGCCGGUACGGGCAGAGCAAGCUGGCCAACAUACUGUGGGCGCGGCAGCUGGCGCGGGCCCAGCCACAGCUGACCGUGGCCGCCGUGCACCCGGGGGUGGUGCAGACGUCGCUGAUGGAGCGCGCCACGGGCGUGCCCGCCGUCGUGCGCGGCAUGACGCGCGUCGCCGUCGGCUUGAACCUGCUCACGCCCGUGGAUCGCGGCGUACGCAACCAGUUGUGGGCGUCGGUCGCGACGGUGGGGGUGGUCAGUGGCGAGUUUUAUCACCCGGUCGGUAUCCCGGGGAAGGCAAGUCCGCUGGGAACGGAUGAUGAGCUGGCGAGGAGGUUGUGGGAGUGGACGGAGAAGGAGUUGGGACAUGUUUUGUAG